AUGCCAUCCUCACCCCAUCCGUACCGCUCUGCGGCACAUCAGCUCCAGCAUCCUGAGCACGCAUCGUACUCGCCGUCGCCACGAUCCACUCCGCUGUAUUCUUCCGCAGCCCGUAGCUCCCACAUCUAUCGCAGUGCAUCGAAUGCAUCCAGCCCCGAAGCAUUCAGCGAACAUGACUCGCCCAGGAGAGCCGCCCACGACUACCCAGGCGUCCCUUCCUCUCGGGCAGUAUCCGCUUCUCGCGCGCCUGCCAAUGCAUACGAUCCGGUCCAACAGCCAGGUCCGUCCGCAUCCAAGCGUCGCAAACAGUCUCAUGAUUCUCCCACCAUUCCAAUGACUUCCGAAUCGCCAUCGAGUGCUACUAAGAACGCAUCCGCCGAGGAACCUCCCGGCUCAGACUCGAAAGGAUCGUCUAGGGUGGCAAAGGCGUGCCAACCAUGCAGCACCAAGAAGCGAAGAUGCGAUGGUCGACAGCCGGAAUGCUCUGUAUGCCAAGUACUAGGCACGCCUUGCACCUAUAAUCACACCGGACUCAAGCGAGGUCCGCCGAAAGGAUUCCGAUCCGGUCCCAAAGAAUCGGCCAGAGCCAAGCUCAUCCGCACACUCGAGACGACCAUCCGCGAUCUUGUCAAUCACCUGGGCAAAGAAGACGCAGGUGCCGAGAUCGUUCGAGUGUCUGGAGAGCGUGCUCUUCCAAUAUCUGAUGCUCAGCGUGAUAAUUCUGGCCACGAUGAUGAGCCAGGAUCUCGAAAGCGAGCUGCCGGCAAGCGGGCCGCCUCAAGAAUCAAGAUCGAGCACCUCACAUCCAGCGACAAUGUUGAUCGUUUCAACAAUUCUCGAGUCUCAGACGGAGAAGACGAAGAUCGUGCAAUCGCUGAAGAGGACGUCAUUGGGGAGACUUCGCAAGGUGAGCUCGUCUAUCGCGGCUCGAGCUCUGGCAUCGGCAUCUUGCAGCGUCAACAUCGUGCAGAGUCGCCGUCAGGCGCCCUAGGUCUCACAGCAGGCCGUUCGGUCGCAUCAAGCUCGUCUGCUCCCUUUGGCGGACGUUCCCGAGAUGACCGCCACUCGGGUGACACGCCUUUGCAUCCCAAAGCUCCCGUCUUUUUGCCGAUUUCUUCACCACGACAGCACGGCGAUGCAGAGACGGCGAGCUCGCAGGAUCGAUCUCCGCGCCUGGGCAAGAAUGUUGCGAGGAAGGAAGCAUCGCACCUACACAGUCUGUAUCCGGGCUCCAGUCACGACAGUCACGGGCGGACCAGCGUUGCAUCCGCUGAGGAUCCCAUCGUCUCGGAUGAGGAGAACGACCGCCUCUUCCGAUACUACUGGCAAGGCUUCCACCCGUUCUAUCCGAUCCUCUACAAGCCAUGGUUCGUCGCCUUUUCUCGCGAAGAUCUACGAAGCAACCUCGAGCCGAGCCUCCUCUUCGCCAUCUACGCCAUCGCGGCCUGCGUCGUUCCCGGCAACGCAUCUCAGAGCGGUAGCAGCGAAUCCGACACCUCUGCUCACAAACUCAACCUCGAGCGUGCACAAUCGUUCUGCCAAGCGGCGGAACGACACGUCCUCGCCAAAGGACUGCGGCCCGACAUUGCAUCCAUCCAGACUUGCUGGCUGCUCAGUCUCUACUCGCAUGGAACGGGCGACCUGUCGAGGGCGUGGAACUUUCAGAAUCUGGCCAGCUCCAUGGCUGUCGACAUGGGUCUACACCGAUGGCCCAUCUAUCGUCCCGAGAUCGUUCAGGAUCGUGUUCAACGCGAGACGCGCAUCCGCGUCAUUUGGCACUGCUACAUUGUGGACAAGGUGCUGUGUGCCGAGAUGGGACGUCCCGUCACGCUGCGCGCCAAGGACAUCGACGUGCCGCUCCUCUCCGAGACAGAGGACGACGAGUUCGAGCUGUGGUCGGAUCAGACUGAGAUGCAGACGGUCGAUCAGUCCGGUUCUCGACCGACUACAUCGGCAUCAGCAUCCAUGCGCCGCCUGCAUGCGCCUUCAUGUCUCAAUUGGGGCGUGCAUCUGUUCAAGAUCGUGGAGCGUAUCCUGGAUGAAGUGCAUUCCCUUCGGCGCAAAGCCUUCCUACGUCGGCAAGGCAAACAGCAAGUGCUCGCGGACCUCGACCGUCAGCUCACCGAAUGGAAAGAAAAGCUCCCUCCCCACCUUCACCUCGAUGACAGCACCAACGACGGCCCCUUUCCUUCCUUUUUCGCGCUCAACCUGUGGUACUACACAGGCCGUCUCCUCCUGCAUCGCCCAUUCAUCCCGCAAGAAGAAGGACUAGCCAUGUCGAAAGUCCUCGAAAACGACUCGCAUCGGCAGAGCACCCUGGCGGCCAACACCAUCUGCGAUCUCCUCGAAGCCGCCUCGCGCGAUAUCGUCGAUCGGCUCAGCACCGAUCUGGGCUACUGCCUGUUCACGGCGGCGGUGAUGUUCGUGUUCAACGCGCGGUUGCCGGAUGCCAAGAUCGCGAGCGAUGCGAGACGACGGUACGGGCUGUGCGUGCAGUGGUUGAAGAAGUUAGCGGAUACAUGGCCGGCCGCGUCUGCGCACCGGUUGUUGUUGGACGGGUUUGCAGUGGUAGGUGAGGACGCGUCGAAGCACGGCGCGGAUGCGUCGAGGAGACGACCGAGUGUCGCAGCCACUGUCGGGGUGGGCAAGGUGUCGAGUUGGAUUGCGGAGACUGAAGGGGCGCUGGCCGACCCUGUGCCAACGAAGGCCGCGGCAACACCGCAGAUGCUGCUGCAGAAUGCGGCGGUGGGGUGGAAUGGUGGUGCGCAACCGUCGAACGAUGCAGUGCGCAACAUCAGUGCUCAGAACCUGAUGGAUUUCGCACCGGGGAUUUUCGACGUCGAGUCGUUCUUCUGGAACGAAAACGCCUCUGCGCCGUCGUUGAUGGGGAUGAACUUCAACCAGGUUCCUUCGACGAGCGCCCCACCGGCGCCACCUGCACCAUCGAUGCCGUACACUGGGUUCAACGGCAAUAUGCUCAGCGGCAUCGGUGGGGGUGGGGGAUACACGAUGGGUGGGGGGAUGCAAAGCACCCCGUCGGCGCUGCCGUACGUUGGAGGAGGAGGAGGGGGGAUGUUCGAGCAGCAGCAGCGGCAGCCACAGUCGAUGCAGGCAACCGUGCCCGUGUCGCAGAGCAACGCGCCAGCGGAUGCAGCGACAACGGCGGCAGCGUACAACACGUCGCCGUUCGCGUUCAACCCCACCAGCCAGAGCCUCGGCGAGUUUUGGAGCAUGUUGGAGCUUCCACCUGCCUUUUUGCAGCAGUGA